AGUCUAAGCAAACCAGACGACCAGAGAUCUUCAUCGAUGGCUCUUUGAAAUGACUGUCAUUUAAGCUUUGCCACUUGGGGGUGCCAUUAAUCUAGUCACCUGCAAUUUUCCCUAACUCUCAUCACAUGGUUUUUGUCAACUAGUAAGGAGUGAUAAGAGCCCUAUAAAGAAGGGCCUGGAGGUCUGUGGUCUAAACCCUCAGGCACCAUGCUGCGAAUCCUGAUCUUCGCUGCCCUUGUCUUUUAUGGACAUGGCUUGGAGGACUUCCCAAAUAUCAAUGCCCGAGUUGUGGGAGGGUCUGAUGCCCAAAAAAGUUCCUGGCCUCACCAGAUUUCUCUCCAGUACUCAAAGUCGGGGUCAUGGUAUCACACCUGUGGAGGGACUCUCAUUAACCAGAAAUGGGUUUUGACAGCAGCUCACUGUGUGGACAGCAACCUGAACUUCCGAGUCGUAGUAGGAGAUUACAACCUGUCCAAGAACGAUGGCACCGAACAGUAUGUGAGCAUCAGCAAAAUUGUCCAACAUGAGAAAUGGAACAGCAACGAUGUGUCUAAGGGCUAUGACAUUGCCCUGCUCCGUCUGAGCAGCAGCGUCACCCUCAACAGCUAUGUCCAGCUGGGCACCCUGCCCCCAUCCGGUCAGAUCCUGCCCAAUGACAACACCUGUUAUAUCACAGGCUGGGGCUUGACCAAGACCAAUGGACAGCUGGCUGACAAUCUACAGGAGGCCUACCUGCCAGUGGUGGACUAUGACACCUGCUCCAGCAGGUCCUACUGGGGAUCCACCGUCAAAAACACCAUGGUGUGCGCAGGAGGAGACGGCUUGAAGGCUGGAUGCCAGGGAGAUUCUGGGGGUCCUCUUAACUGCCUGGUUAAUGGAGAGUAUGUUGUCCAUGGAAUUACCAGCUUUGUGUCCAGCCUGGGCUGUAACGUUGCCAAGAAGCCCACCGUCUUCACCAGAGUCUCCAAUUACAUCUCUUGGAUCGAUGAGGUUAUUGCUAAAUAUUGAAUGUUUCUCUGAGACCAAAGGGUGAAGGCCCUCAGCUCCUCCGCAGGAGUUAAAAUCAUGGAGAAAGUUCAGGAUGAGGAGACAUUGAGACAAAUGCAGACAUUGUAUACCAAAUAAAAUCAAAUUA